AUGGAUUCGGAAUCUUGUCGGACAUGCCGCUGGACACUGCACCGCUCUCGCCACCUCGAGGUUGCAUUGCACUGCCUCUCCCCACUGUCUUUCGUGAAUGCCGUGAGACCCGGUGGGCCUACAAUUUCCGCGGCCCUUCGUCCGGCUAAUAAUCCCAAUAAGAAGGCAUUCUCUCGGCAAGGCCCUCUGGAUGUUCCUCGCUACCCAAGUCCUAUCUCUCUCAAUGUCACGCCAUCUCCAAACAAUCCAAAGGACUCAACACUCCAUUCCCGGAUCCCUUGCACCCCGCAGCCUAAGCGGCAUCCCCUUCCGGUCCGCCCACCACUUAAGGUUUGCGUCGAUGGGGCUUCACAAUCUGUCGACCAGAAUCACCAGAAGCCGGAUUUGAGUAGCCAGAUGUCGCCUGUCAAUCAAGAAUCGGAAAACUUCGAACUUAAGGAAAUUUUGCAUUUAGAAAAUCUACCAGGCCCCAGAGACAUAGAUGGUCUAAUUUUUGAUUCCGUCGAUGAGCAUAUCAAACAGCAAGCCCGCAUUGGAUCAUGUGAAUUCGACCCUUUCUUCACGCCCGAUCAGCUUUCUCGGUCUAUACCAUUCCAAAAGUCAACCCCAUCAGAGAUGGAAGAUUUCGCAAGUGAUUUGACCAUAGAUCCGGCGAUAUUGGAGGACCAACAUUACCAAGCUGGAGAACAUCAGAACACCAUAGAAUCUGCACCUACUAGCACAAUCCGCCAGGCAGGCUUCACCGCGGACAAUCAUUCCUCGCAUACAGAUAAUAGCAGUUCUCGUGGCAGACAGUGUCACUUGCCGAAGGUGACCGAUCCUGGUCGGCGGUCUUCCAAAAUUCAGAAAGUCUCAGUCGUCAUCACCAAUCGCCCAAAAGAAAAGCACGGAAAAUUGACUCGACACCCCGGUCAUCAGGAAGCUUCAUUGUCCACAAUUCUUGCGCAAUUUUCCGCACUUAAAGCGGAGGAUCGACUACAAUUCUUGUCUUAG